AUGACAUACAUCUACGACCUUCACAGGAAGUACGGAGAUAUCGUGAGGGUUGCCCCGAACGAGAUAUCCUGCGUCGAUCUUGAAUCUUUCACCCGCGUCUACAAGAUGGGCGGCGGCUUCGAGAAGGCUCAAUGGGUUGGCGACUUCGCAGAGAAACUACCCUCCCUUUCCCUGUCCUUUCUCACCAACAAGAAAGAGGCAAAAGAACGACGAAGACUUCUUCAACGAUCGUUUUCUCUGGUGUCUUUGCGUCAGAACUGGGAAACUGAGAUUAGACAUAACGUUAACCUAGCAGUCAAUAAGGUGAAGGCCGAAGCUCUUAGUAGCUCAGUCAAUAUCCACAAGUGGUGGACGCUGAUGGCGGCGGAUAUCAUCAGCGAACUGUCAUUCGGCCAGUCAUUUGGGAUGUUAAGCACUGGAAAGAGCACACUUUACAUGAGGGCGAUUGAGACAGCGCUGCUUGGAGCUGUGUUCAAGAGCGAGAUCCCGUUCCUCCACUUCCUCUUUCGACUCAUCCCAAAGUCCUCUCUCCAGACGUUAUCGCGCUGUCUCGAGCAGUGCGACGCUGCGGGUAAAGACGGGGUAGAAAAGCUCUCUCGGCGAGACGACCAGACGAAAAGCCUGUUUAAAGAGAUGAUCGACGACUGCGUCAAGGAAGGGCGUCGGUGGAAGAGUGAUGACACUGUCAGGAUCGAGGCGGCUGGCAUGAUGGUUGCUGGGUCUGACACCACAGCUGCCGUGCUGACUUACUUGAUCUGGUCUGUCCUGAAGCAAAACGACUUGCAGACAAGGCUCGAAAACGAAAUUGCUUGUCUGGGUGAGGACUUCGACGAUAAAGAAUUGGAAGGAUGUCCCCUUCUCAACGCGGUCAUCGAAGAGACUCUGAGGCUUUACCCAGCUGUGCCGUCGUCAUUGCCACGGACCGUGCCUCAAGGAGGCGUGACGCUCGCGUCGUAUUUUGUAGCGGCCGGCACGGUAGUGUACAGUCCGGCUUACACACUUCAUCGCGACUCAAGAAUAUUUCCGGACCCUGAAAAAUUCGAUCCGGACCGAUACCUCGAUUCUUCCAAAGUAGCAUUGCAGCAGCGGCAGGCCAUGAUCGCGCUUGGAGCUGGAGCGAGGGUUUGCCUCGGCCAACAUCUAGCGAUGAUGGAGCUUCGCCUCGCCACUGCUGUCUUCUUUCGGCACUGCCGCGGGGCUACGCUCAGCGAUAAGAUGCCUGCUGACAGUAUGGACAUGGUCGACUACGUUCUUCUUACUCCGAAGAGAAAGCGAUGUGAUAUUACACUGGUAUAG